AUGUUUUGCUUAUUUACAGAUAGAUAUUUCGUGCUGAAGAACUUGGAAAACGACAUUUAUUGGCUGUGCUGGGAUCUGCAGGAAAAACGUGAGGUUACUAUUAAAGUAAUCGAAAAACCUCACUCUUCUGAGACAAAUUUGGUACCAAAUGAUUGCUUCCAAAAUUCGAGAACCAACCUGAAUGAAAGUUUAGUGAUUCAGCAGGAAAAUCGCAAUGUUCCUGUAAUUGGUUUAGAGAACGUUAACCGUUCUGAACGGACUUUGGUGAUUGAUAAAAGUAUUCAAAAUUUCAAAACCAACUUGGGUGAAUUAACUCUGAAACGGUGUUAUGUGCUGGCUUCCGAAAACAAUGGCCAAAUGGUGAAAGAGAAAGAGAAGCUCUCUUGGGAUUUGGAAGUAAAGCGGAGUGUUCUUAAUAAGUCUCCAAAAGAGCACAAAAGAGAUGAUUGUAAUUCCACCGAUCCAAGAAACGAUAAGUUAAUGGAUCAGCAGGAAGUAAGCAUUGUUAAUGUAAAUGCAAUAGAAAAACCUAAUGAGUCUGAGAUGCAUUCAAGAUUAUCUGAAUGUCUGCGAAACUUCAAUACCAAUCUGGGUGAAUUGCUACAGGAACGUUAUUUUGUGCUGAAUCUACUCUGUAAUGGCUUAAUGGCAAAAGUGUUACUUUGCUGGGAUUUGCAAGUGAAGCGGGAUGUUGUUAUUAAGAUACCCAAAGAACAAGAAGACGAUGUGGAUAUGGUUGCCAACGAAGUUCAAAUGUUACGCGCAGCACAUAACUGUCAUCCCACAGAUCCAAGACGGGAAAGGAUUAUUCAGAUAUUUGAAGAUUUUAAUCUUCGAUUUUCCGAUGGUACAGUAUCCUGCGCUGUAUUGGAGGCAAUGGAUGGAACCGUGUUGGAUCUCAUCGAAGACUCAGCACAUCAUAGUCUACCUCUGGCGAUAGUCAAGAACAUUUCACGACAAUUACUGGAGGGCCUAGACUAUCUGCACGGCUGUAAAAUAAUUCACACGGACAUCAAGCCGGAGAAUGUAUUGUAUUUAAAUGGCAAGGACUCUAUUGAUAAUGUGCGCAUUAAAAUUGCCGACUUGGGGAAUGCGUGUUAUGAGCACAGGCAUAUUAGUUGGGAAAUACAAACGCCUCCCUAUCGUUCCCUGGAGGCUAUUCUGGACGCUGGCUAUGACACCUCCGCGGACAUCUGGAGCGCCGCUUGCGUGAUCUAUGAACUGGCCACAGGAGACUAUCUGUUUGAGGUGAAACAUGAAAAUUAUGUUAUUCGGGAUAUGCUUCACUUAGCUGCCAUAAUUGAACAUUUGGGUCCCUUACCGCAUCAUAUAAUAUUGAGGGGCAGAAAAUCUUCAAGUAUGUUUGAUGAGUUCGGACAGCUGCGCAACCUGAACAAUAUAUAUUCCAAUAACAUAUUGAAUAUGCUACUGAAUCGCUACUCCUGGUCUUUGGACGAUGCACAGCCGUUUGCUUCAUUUCUCGAAUACAUGCUGGAACUGGAUCCGGACAAUCGCCCGAAAGCUGCCGAGUGUCUUCAGCAUCCUUGGCUUAACUAAAAUCAUGGAAAUCCACACAACACAGCAUUUAAUGUAAAUGAGCUAAAACAAAAAGCAUACAAUGUCUAAUGAAAACCCAAUUAUAGUCGAGGCAGAGCUUAUGGCUUUAGUUCUGAUUCGCUUCUGUGUGUAAUUUAAUGAAUUUGUAACAAAG